CGAUCAAUCUCUGAGGGCUUUCCCAAAACGCUCGACGCUACGCUCCGCUACGGCUACGAAGAAAAUCCAGUACCGCGCCAGCUUUCAGAGGGAGAGUACGCGUCGCGUGCGUUUAAAUUCACGUCUCUCGUAUUUACGUACGCAGUCAUUCAACUUUAAAUCCAAUUAUUAAUACAAUGACGUGUGUGAGUUAAUGAGAUUGUGUGUUAGUGCGUUUUAAAUGUUAUCUGAUAGUGUUUGGUGUUGGAAAAUGCUGAAGGAUGUGAGUUUGGGAAAAUGUUGAGCGCGUUCGCGCUAUGGCACGUGGGAUUGUUGGUACUGGGAGUGGAUGGGCUUAUAGAAAUCGUCGAAGAGCAACAAUGCCACGACUACGCCUUCCGCCUGACAUGUCGCCAGCUCGACGCUCACAUCGCUAUCCUCGAAGCGUGGUACACCUCAACCGACCACCUCAACUCAUCAGACCUCAUCUCCAACCUCACCAUCAAAACUGAGAACGAUUCAGAACUCGAUAGAGUUUACGUGUAUUCUAGUCCCAAACAUAACGGCGUUUACGAAAGCAACCAUUCCAAUUUUGAAAACUUAACUAGUGUUGUGAACGUGUCUGAACGAUUUGAAUUUACAAACGAAACGGAUUUUUUGGAAGUGAACGGGAGUGAUUGUGGGGUUGGGGGUUUUUUGAGGAGCUACGGGAGCUGGCGAGAGGGCGAUAAGAGGAGGAGGUUACCGUCGCGUCAGGCAGCCGUGAACUUGAGGGCGCCUGUGAGCUAUCGAUGUACAGGAGUUAAUCACUGCAGCUUUGUGCUUCGCGAGGACUACCCCCCGGCGCGGGGGUGGCCGGCGGGGGUGGUUUACAUAAAAUACGCCUGCUUUGACGACACCCUCUCCAUCCACUACUGCAACCGCGAGGUCGCAAUAGGCGUGUCCGGCCCUGAGAGCGAGGGGUACAUACGGACCCCUGGCUACCCUAACUUCUAUGUGGGCGACGAGUGUCGGUGGAAGUUGGUGGCGCAUGCAGAGCAGAGGAUAAGGAUAUCACUGCUGGAUGUCAGUUUGAGAAGUAUAGGGCCGUUCGAGAACGAGUGUACCGACUACGUCCUAGUGACGGACGGGAACGGCGACGCGCUGCUCUCGUCGUGCGACCAAGUCGCGAUGCCGGUGCGAUUGUCGUCAGCGACAAACGCAGUCCACGUCAUAGUCGAGACGCGGAGCGAAGGAGCGUAUCCUAAGAGGGGCGUGUUGUUUCAUUAUAAGAGUAUAGGCUGCGUAACGCUGCCAGCGCCAUCCGACGGCUACCUAGUGUACCGCAACGAGGACGUGGCGCACUACAUGUGCAACGUCCGCCAUGUUUUCGCCGACACGCGACAGAGGGCGCGCGUCAUAUGGUGCUUUGAUGACAAUAGAUGGAACGACACUGUGCCUUUGUGUGUUGAAGAGGCGAGUGGUGUCUCGGUGGGAGAGGGCAAAGACAAAAACAUGACGCACACCGAAGCCAAUAUGAUAGUUGACAUCGUGAUCCCGUCGCUGCUGAUACUGGCGCUGUUCAUCGGGAACGCGUUCAUCGUGCUCAUCAUAUACAAGUACAGGAAACGAAAAAAUGAUGACCUCGACGACGAAUUCAACACCAUCCCACUAAGCGUUAACGGCAACAUUCACAGCGCGGGCAACGCGGUUUAGACAAACAAAUUCCAGAGAGAUUACACGUUAGACUUUGAAACCCUGUUAUUUUAUCUUUGACGUUCUCACACUACCUAUUUGUCUCUGGAAACGACAGAUUUAAAAAAUGCAUCUAACUACUUCCGUUUGUUAAUAAAACACGCGUCCGCGCGCGGUAUGAUUUAUAUGUCGCGACUGACACCGCGACCUCUGUCGCUUUCUGUGGCAGUGGCAGUGUGCGUGAACAGCCUAAUUUUGACAGCUAUUAGUCAAAGACAUUUCGAACAAAUCCUAAAAGAAGAAAUAAUCCAAUCCGUGCAAUAACAUUACAAUAUUUAGAAUCGAUGACCAUUGAUAGCUCAACAAGCCAAUCCCUCCCUUGCGUUUUACUAUUUGUAUAAUAUAUUGUAUGCUGAGAUGGCUUAGAUUUUAAUGAGAUUACUAAAUAGUACCCAUAUUCCGUGAUAGGAAGUCGUUUUAUUGCUUAGUUCUAAGGUAUGUAUUACCCUCGACCCUCAAUACUGAGGAAUACGACGCAAGGUGGAGGAAGGUAUGUAUAGCCAAUCAGACUCGGAAAUUGAUUCAUAAAAUCUCUUUGAGGCGUAUAAAGCAACAUAAUAAUCUGUUAAAACAUGGAACAGAUGGUUUCAAUAUUCUUACGUGUAAUCUCUCAAAGGCAGCUGGACGAAAACGCGUUAGAAAUCGGACAAAAGCAUCGAUUCUAGUCGCCGCGUGUGCGAGCGGCCUUAGGCCUUAAGUUACCCUAUUUAUCCUUUAAUUACUUCAAUUAGACAGUCCAGCCGAUUUAGGGCGAAUUCAGAAAAUUAAACCAAUCAAAUUGUUACAAGGACAACGGAAGAAUGGUCUAUCGUUGGUGUAGGUGCCUUUUGUUGUUUAAUUAAAAGCGGUUUUAUUCAGUUCAUUUUGAUUCAUUUAAUUUACUAAUUACAGAUUUAAUAAAUGAGAUAAUGACUGAGAUAAGACAGUUAAUUUAUUUAUGAAGAGAUAGUAGGAAUCUUUAAAUCUGAUGUUGAUGUCUCGAAAGCUAUUAUUGUAAAUGAAAUAUUUAUUUAGUUGGCUAACCUAUGCUUAUGAUAGCAAGAAAAUCUAAUCAAAUAAUGACUUGGAAAGUAAUGUAAAAUCGUCAAGAUUUAAACUUAUUUUAGUUCAUUUUCAUGUCAUAAUACAACCGAGGCCCUAUUUAUUAAUUCUGCAUGUGUAACUGAUUUUUUUUAGUUAGAGCUGGCAACAUUGAUAAAAAAGCCUCUCUUUUUCAUCGAGCAAUUUUCAAAGACAAUGUUGCCAGUGUAGAUUUUUAAAAUAAAAAAUACUUUUAUCAUUGGCCUUUUUUCUGUAAAUUUGAUCGUUUUCUGGACUCUUUUUCCAAUAGCUUAGAUGUUAAGUAAGGACUGAUAUGAUGUAUAAAUACUCUUAUUUUCUCCAGUCGUACAUCUGUCACUGCAUUGUUUUCAUAGUAAGUCAAUUAAGAAGUUGUUGGCUCUAGUACUGUGCUAAGUAUUUAUGAUUUCGUUUCGUCUCGAAAUUGUUGAUGUUUUUGUAUUUGGCGAAAUCUGUAUAGAUUCAGUAAUGAAUAAAGCACUUUAUCUUUA